AUGAAUCCGAAAGAGAGCCAAAAGCCUUCUACAGAACCGCUCUCUGAGCGCGAAAAGCACCUCCUCAGCAUUUAUGGGAAGUUACCACACAGAGGGCUGCUAGGCCCAGCGUCCAAGCAUCGGACCUACUUCGACUCUGGUGACUAUGCUCUUGCUGCAGCUCAUAAAGUGACGGAUGAGGGGGAUAUCCAAACUGGAACGGCGCAUCCGUUGCGAGAGAGCAUUCCACAUCCCUAUGCUCCCGUCCCUGGCUCUGGUAACGUUGCUGAAGAUGCCAACAAGGACUCGCGUAGGAGUUCAAGUCCUGAAUAG